GGCGCCGCGUGAUUCGUGUUUAGCCGGCGGUAGAGACGCUCCUUUGUUUGCUUUUGGACUCACCAGAAUAGUGUGGAGGAAGAAAAAGAACAAGAAGAAGGAGAAAUCGUUGGGAUUACGACCUCUCAACUUCACAUCUGUCAUAUGAAUUCGACUAACAUCACAUCAUCAAUGCGUAUGAAGUCUGCAUCGUAGCGCCAUCUCAACACCGAUGACACGUCCCAGCACCUAAGAGGAGAAAAAAUAAACGAAACAUCGCCGGGGUGCGUCCCACAACCAACCAAACAUGCCGUCGACUGAGAAGCCGUCCGUCCCGCCGGCUGCGAAGCCCCGCUUCGGCAACAACUUCGACCCCUACAAUUCAAGUGCCACAGGCCACCAGCGUCCAGAAAACACCCCGGGCGCGACGACGGGAUGGCGAACCAGCCGCGCCCGAAAGCUCUCGGAGCAGUUUGCUGGCGGCCAUUCGGGCGGGGCCCGCAUGAGCGACACCUACGGCGCCGGCAGCGAGGACUUUGACGAGAAGCUGAAGAUGGUCGUGCCGAAGGACGUCAAGGCUCGAGCAAAGAUGAGCGUGGCCGACAUGCUUGCCCGGCCCGGGCUGAUGAGGGGCGGCUCUUCCAUCUCCGAGACAGGGUCCGCGACGUCAGCCGCGUCUGCUACGGGCGGAAACCCCACGAGUGAAGAGGGAAUACUCGAGGCUUACCGGAAGGAAGACGAAGAGAAAGAGCCGAAGAAGGCCACCGGCAGGGGUUUAUUCGAAGGUGUCACGGUCUACAUCAACGGGGGCACGCACCCCAUCAUCUCCGAUCACCGACUCAAGCGCGUACUGGUUGAGAACGGCGGGCGAAUGUCCAUCCAUCUCGGCCGGAGACAGGUCACGCAUGUAAUUGUUGGGAGGCCGGCGAGCGUAGGGGCCGGGGCUGGUGGAGGGCUCGCAGGCAGUAAGUUAGACAGGGAGAUACGUAAAGUCGGCGGGUGUGCCGUGAAGUAUGUCAGCGUCGAGUGGGUUUUGGAGAGUCUAAAGGCGGGGAGUCGGCUGCCCGAGGCGCGAUUUGCGCCCCUUAAAAUUGCGCGGGAAGGCCAGAGGAGCGUUUAUGGCAUGUAUGGGAAGCACUCCUCUAAGGAAUCUCCUACGGGAUCGGCGAGUUGAUCGGACUCCUACCUAGAAGACUUGCAGUGGUGUAUGCGGGCAUGGGGGACUAUUCUGAAAGCAUCUCGGUGGUUGGUUUUGGAUAGCAAUGGCAAGGGCAAGGGUCGGGGGCAUAAAGAUACCAAGCGUGAACCACAGGCACACGGCGUUUUAGCAUACGAGGCAUUAGCUAGGAGUUAUUGAUGCUUAGUGCG